AUGAAACUUUGGUGGUACUCAGCUGGUAAUAUAAUUUACGCAUUAGGUUCAUUAGGUUAUCUUGUUAUUAAUAUAGUCAAUCUUAUCAAUCGAAAUACUGUUGAAUCACCAGUUACUUAUAUUAUUUUAAUUAUUUUAGCUAGUAUUUUUGUUAUUGAUGCUCUACUUUAUACAAUAGAUUGGUUUGAACAACGUACAAUAAAAAAACGACGAGAAUUAAUUGCUUGUAUACUUAAUAUUAUUGGUAGUAUAUUAUAUUUAAUAGGUGCAACAGUUUUUAAAAAUCAGAAAACAUCUACAAAUGAAUCUAUUAAUUUAAAUGAUAUACCAACAUUUAUAUUUAAUAUUGUUGGUAUGUUAGCAUUUCUUGGUGAAUCUAUUCUUAAUUUUUUUGCACCACCAGUAUCUAAACAAACAUCAAAAUGUUCAAUAGAAUUUUUUGCUCAUUUACUUAAUUUUAUUGGUAAUUUAACUUAUUUAAUUGCACAUAUUGUUCAACCAAUUAUAUCAUUUAUUGCAAGUUUUACAACAGAAUCUUUUAAUAAAAUUACUGAUUUGAUUUAUAUUAUUAUUCGUCCAAUUCAAAUUGGUGGUGAUUUUAUUUAUAUAAUUGAUGCUAUACUUUAUAUUAUUGUUUGGAUUAAAGCAAAUGAAAAUUUAAGAAAAAUUGGUACUAUAUGGAUAGAACGUACUAAUAUAAAAAUAAAUGAAAUUACUAAAAAAAAUAAACCAAAUAUAACAACAUUAGAACAACUACCAGAACCAAUUAUUGAUAAUAAUCAAUUUGAAUUAAAAAAUCAAAUCUUAGAAACUAACACCAAAAAAAUAACAAAAUCAGUUAUUGAAGAAGUAGAACCUUCAAUAGAAAAUUCACUUGAAGUGGAAACAAUAACGUAA